AUGGCCGCCAAGAUCAGCUCCAGCCCGGCCGUGACCACGCUCCCUCAGUUCUCCGGCCUCAAAUCGUCCAAGCCAUCUGUGGUGAGCUCCUUGUCCGAUCCUUUCGCCGGCGAACUCUUAGAUCCAGAUCUGGUGCGUAUUUUAAUCCCUUGCGCUGUGCAGGCGAUGCUGCCGGCGGUGAGGCGCCGCGGAAAUGGUGCCCUAGGAGCUCGCUGCGACUUCAUCGGUUCAUCGACCAACAUCGUAAGCCUCAGAUCUGCGGAAAUAUUGCCCUAAUCAAAGAGGAUCACUGAUUUUUCUUGUUUGCCCUAUUUGUUCAGAUAAUGGUGACCACCACGAGCCUGAUGCUGUUCGCCGGACGCUUCGGACUGGCUCCAUCUGCCAACCGGAAGGCCACCGCCGGGCUGAAGCUGGAGGUGAGGGACUCCGGCCUUCAGACCGGCGACCCCGCCGGCUUCACCCUGGCCGACACCCUGGCCUGCGGAACCGUCGGCCACAUCUUGGGCGUCGGGAUUGUUCUCGGUCUCAAGAACAUUGGUGCAUUGUAA